AGCAGGUUGUGUUGCAUUGUGGGACGGAGAGCGGGUGAAAGAUGGCGGCGCGCGUCCUCUCCCGGUGUGUCCGGUCACUGAGCCGCGGCGCGGUGGUGUUUAACCGGUGUGAUGUCUCCGCGGUGACCGCGGCUCUUCCUCUCAGCCGUGACCGAGUAUUCUCUCACCUGGCGGCCGGACACAAGCCGCUGCUCGCGCAGACCCCCGCCAGGAUACAGUGGCGGUGGUACGGUGACCUUCCACCUUUAACCCUGGAGUCUAUCCGAGACCGCGUGCUCUACGUCCUCAAGCUGUACGACAAGAUUAACCCCGAGCAGCUUCAGGUCUCAUCUCACUUCAUGAAGGAUUUGGGACUGGACAGUCUGGACCAAGUGGAGAUCAUCAUGGCCAUGGAGGAUGAAUUUGGUUUCGAGAUUCCUGAUGCUGAAGCGGAGAAGCUGAUGACCCCUGAUGAAAUUGUUCAGUACAUCGCAGAUAAGAAGGACGUCUAUGAAUGAUCCGUUUAUCCUUCACUGUACGAAGCGGCGUGCGGAGCGGCGUCCGUGACGGUCACUGCAGAGCCGUCUCCUGUGUGUUUUGUGUUCAGCUGUAAACCUCUUUAAUCCUGCCCUGGACUUCACUGGUGUUUGGCAGGAUCUCAGCUUCCUGCUGCAGGAUGUUUGGAUACCAUUUAUCGUUCUUUAUUGUUAAUUAUUAAAGUCUCUUUACAUCCCUGA